GUUUUAUAGAAGCUGUCCGAAUUUGGAUCCUGUUUUUAUUAAUUUUCACUUUUUCAUAUUUUCUUUCUCUCUACAGUCAAAACACUGGAAAUAAUGAAGUGAGAAUUCACAAAAGAUCUUUCAAUGGAGUUGAAGAAGAAGUCAAAUUGGCCUCCUCCUGCUUGGAAAGAAACUAUUAAGGUUAACAAUGGCCGUAGAUACAAGGUUGUUAAAGCAGAUUGUCCUGAGUGGUUACCCACCAGUUGGCUCAUAGAAAGGAGAAUCCGGAAGAGUGGUACCAAAAUGGGAAUGGAGUAUAAGUGUUUUAUCGAUCCAUCUACUGAAGCUAAAUUCUUUUCGAAGCCUGAAGUAUUGCGAUAUCUUAAAAGUAAACAACGCAGUGCUGGAUCAUCUAGAAGAAAGAACAAGGGGUUUAUUGAUCAACCAAGAGUUCUCAAGUCCAAUUUAGAGCGAGAAGUGCCAAAAGUCAUGAAAGCACGUGUUCGAAAGAGUACUCCUUCAAGGAAAGUAAAGUUUGUUUUGGAGAAGACUUCAGAUGAAGAGUUGCCAUCGGGAUGGAUUAAGGAAACAAAAAUUAAAAUGCGUGGGGAUAAAGUUCUUAGGAGAGAUUCAUAUUUUCUUGAUCCUGUCAGUAGACUGGUUUUUCAAUCGAAAUUGGAAGCACUGCGCUAUGUGGGAACGGGAGAGAUUAGUAGAUAUGCAUAUCGGAGGAGAAAUCAGAUCAGUGUUGUAAAAGAUUUUGCUGAUGGACACAUCUCUAUGUUAAUUGGUCCACCAAGUGUUCUCAAGUCCAAUUUAGAGCCAGAGGUGUCACAAGUUAUGAAAACACGUGUUCUAAGGAGUACUCCUUCAAGAAAAGUAAAGGUUGUAAUGGAAAGGACUUCUGAAGAAGAGUUGCCAUCUGGAUGGAUCAAGGAAACCAAAAUUAAAAUGCUCGGAGAUAAAGUUCUAAGGAGAGAUUCCUACUUUCUUGAUCCUACCAGUAGACUGGUUUUUCAAUCGAAAUUGGAAGCACUACACUAUGUGAGGACGGGAGAGAUCAGUAGAUAUGCACGUCGGAGGAGAAAUCAGAUCAGUGUCCGAACAAAUUUUGCUGCUGGAAACUCUUCUACAUCCUUUUGUAACUUGGAAGAGGCUCUGGACAGAAAAUCCACUAUACAGCUCUUUGCGAUUGAAGGAUGUAGUGGACCAAGUAUCCAAGUAUUGCCAGAAGCUGGAGUCAUUGAAGAAGCUGGAAGCAGAAAACGCAAAAGCUCCUCCAGAGUAGGGAAACGGCCUUCUGCUGGUGUUUCUACUCGUAACCGGAAUACUGUCUCAUCUAGAUCCACCGGUAAUUCCAAAGAGCUUGUAGUUGUGAGACAAUUGCUGGAGAAGGAUUCUACUACUAGGGAAGCUGCAGAUGUUACCAAAUGCACCCCUGUAGAAGUCCAAGAUACUGAUGUAAAAUAUGCCUUUCCCCGAAAGGGUGAACCCUUUUCAUCUCCUUCAACUGGUGUAUUACUCUUGGAGAGCCCUGGUGCUGUUUCUAUACAAGAUGGCAAUGGUGGGAAAACUCAAAGUAGCAUAAAAACUAAGAAUACGAAACUUUCUUAUGUGCCUUCUCGGUCCUCUAAACGACUUGCUGGUGUUGAUCCUGAAGUAGUGUUCCACAGAAUACCCAUUGAGUAUGCUCUUCGGUCCACAUCUCCUUCAAAUAGUGUAUUACCCUCAGACAGCUCUGUUGCUGUUGCUAUACAAGAUGGCAAUAGUGGGAAAGCUCAGAGUAGCAAAAUGAAAACAAAGAAUGUGAAACUGCCUUAUGUGCCUUCUCGGUCCUCGAAACGACUUGCUGGUGUUGAUGCUGAAGUAGUGUUCCACAGAAUACCAAUUGAGUAUGCUCUUCGGUCCACAUCUCCUUCAAGUGGUGUAUUACCCUUGGACAGCCCUGUUCCUGUUGCUAUACAGGAUGGCAAUAGUGGGAAAGCUCAGAUUAGCAAAAAGGAAACAAAUAAUGUGAAACUGCCUUAUGUUCCUUCUCGGUCCUCUAAACGACUUGCCGGUGUUGACGCUGAAGUAGUAUUCCACAGAAUACCCAUUGAGCGUGCGCUUCGGUCCACAUCUUCAUGUGGUGUAGUACCCUUGGAGAGCCAUGGCAAUAGUGGAAAAGCUCAGAUUAGCAAAAAGAAAACAAAGAAUGUGAAACUGUCUUAUGUGCCUUCUCGGUCCUCUAAACGACUUGCUGGUGUUGAUGCUGAAGUAGUGUUCCACAGAAUACCCAUAGAGCAUGCUCUUCAGUCCACAACUAGAAAGAUGUCCAGAACCAAGCCCGUCUCUUGUUUAGGAUCAGCUCCAAACGAAUUACAUCAAAUGCAUCAGGAUGUUGACAGGAAAAAUUUGAAAGAGGAUGUGCUUCAUGCCACAAGUAGAAAGUCCUGCACUGUGGAAUCAGUCCUAAAGAAGUGUCAUGAACGGCAUCAGGCUUUGGAUACACAAAAUGAGCUUACUUCUCAAGAAGUAAUUCAUCACCCAGUUGAUCUGAAGACAGAUUUGCUUGCAGCUCAAGGAGAACAGUCAUUGAAAAAGUUCGAUGGAACUUUCCAAGAAAAAAUGCAUCGCACGGACAUUAUGCUUGCAACUCGUGAAGAACAACCGUCGAACAGAAUUGAUGACCUGACAUUCCUAGAUAAACAACGCCACACACUUGAUAUCAAUUUGCUCCCAACUAUAGGAGAAUCAUUGAACAAGAUUGACGACGUACCAUACCAAGAAGAAAAGCAGUUCACACUUGAUCUGAAUACGAUAACUGUGCAUGCAACUCGAGGAGAACCAUGGAACAACAUUGAUAAAUCAACCAAAAAACCUAUUCUAGUGGAUCUCAAUGAUUUGCAGUUGGAGACUCCACCUGGCUUCUCUGAAAAUAUGAAGCAAUCAUCAGAGCUCUCAACGGAUACAUUGCUGAGAAAUAAGGCUAAGAAUGUACUCAAGGGGCAAACAAUGCCAGAAGAUCGAUCACAGGAACAACUGACCAGUAUUGACAAGCAAACUGAGCAGCCCCAAUUUGAAUCCUUCUUUUCAGCAAGCUUGUGGUCUGAUCCGUGCCUUGAUUUUGCCUUCAAAACUCUUACUGGUGUAAUACCAAUUGAUGAUAAUAUGGCUUUCAAGGAUUAUAUCCAGCAACAAAUCCGCACUUCUGAGCCGUCCCCAAGAAAUGACAAAACAAAGGUAGUAACCCAGUCAACAGAAGGGUGUAAAUUUCCCAAAUCCUAAUGGUUGUGGCUCACCAAAUAUGAAGCAGAUGAAGAACAAAUGAUUAUCUUAGAGUUGCUAAUCCAUGUAGGAUACUGUUGUAAUUUUGUAUUGUACAAGUAUAUAUAUAGUGUUUUACCCAAAAGGGUGCAACUAGGCCAAGUUCUAACUGUUGUAAUAUCUGUAAGUCUCUAACCUCCCAUCUAUUUGCUUAUGGUAAUUUGGAAGAUGGGUGAAUGCUGCUUCUCACCCUGGACUAUGCUGGGACCUCGCGCCUCGUCUAUCACAAGCAAUAGACUAUCAGUCUGUUUGGUAGUCGGUAUUAAAUAGUGGGAAUAGUAAUGAAAAAUUAGUGUAAUUUUGAUAGAAAAAUCUCAUGAUACUUGUUUUACUUCAA